AUGGACAAAGCUGUUGAAGAUGGUGUCCACAUUUUAUCUGUGUCUAUUGGGAGAUCGCAGUAUGAGGAUUUAUACACCGACUUUAUUGCUAUUGGAGCUUUCUCUGCCAUGGCCAAGGGAGUCUUUGUAUCGUGUUCAGCUGGGAGUCGCGGCCCAGAAUCGGAUAGUACAUCCAAUAAUGCACCUUGGAUAACCACCGUGGGUGCUGGAACACUAGACCGUGAUUUCCCAGCAUAUGUUAGCUUGGGAAAUGGGAAAAAAUACAGAGGAGCAUCAAUUUACAGCGGAACACCCUUAUCUAGUGGAUUGCAUCCACUUGUUUACGCUCGCAAUGCAAGUAACUCUACAAGUGAUCAAUGCGCUCCUGACAGCUUGAUUCCUGAAAAAGUUGUUGGGAAAAUUGUGGUGUGUGAUCAGGGAGGAACUAACAGGCUCGAUAAGAGUAUGGUGGUAAAAAAGGCCGGUGGCAUGGGGAUGAUUUUGGCUGACACUGAAGGUUAUGAUGAAGAACAACUUGUUGUCGACUCAUAUGUCUUGCCUGUAGUCGUGGUUGGCCAAAAAGCCGGUGAUGCAAUAAAAAGAUAUAUUGCCUCCCACGACAAUCCAAAAGCCACAUUUUCUGCCGGGAAGACAGAGUUGGGUGUCGAACCCUCACCGGUGGUGGCAGCAUUCUCUUGUCUGGGGUACUCCAGCAACAUACAAGGUCUCAGUUCCUACACAGACACCUUCAGUGAAGAUCUUGGUUGA